AUGCGGCAGCAGGAAAUGAAGGAACAGGACAGUAGUAGUAUGCAGAAGUUAAUGUGUUCCGCUCUCGAGGCCCGGUUCUGGGCUCUUCUCAUUAGCGUCGAAUGUCAGUCGGGUCAGGUAGGGGAAGGGAAAGGGGUGAGGGUCAGGCCAACACGGAAUUGAAUGAUCUGGGUAAUUCAUCUCAGUCACUCUUUCAAUUACUUUAAUCACACGAAGCGUAAAUGUUUGGAUAAAAGUCCCGAAAUUUUAGAUUAAUCGCCUUAGGCAACUGUUGUCAUUUUGAUUAUGCGAAGCGGGUUUUGAUUAAAAGAUACAUUUAAAGACCCACUGACGUCUCGAUCAAAAAGAGGGAAAUGUAUGUAUAGUUAUGCUGUUUCAGGUAUCUCUCGGGACUGUUCUUCAUCAAGAUGGAGGUGUUUUGGCAAACAACCCUACAGCUAUUGCCCUUCAUGAAGCCCGUCUUUUAUGGCCAACAGAACCUAUACAGUGUGUGGUUUCAGUGGGUAAUGGCCGCACAGUAACCGAACUGGAGCUGCCUUCAACCAUCAGAAACACUGGCAUCCAGGAUAAGAUCUCCAAGAUUGUUGACUCAGCCACCGACACGGAACUUGUACACAACGCAAUGAGUGAUCUUCUCCCUCCUCAGUCAUACUUUCGUCUCAAUCCGUAUAUGUCUUUUCCUUAUACACUGGAUGAGAUAGAUCCCAUCAGAUUGGAACAAAUGGUUUCUGAUGCUCGAUCUUAUGUGAGACGAAAUCGGCAGAAAAUCUUUGAUGCGGCCUUCCAACUUAACCGACCCCCUCCACUCUGGAAACUCGCCAAACGAGGACUCGAACAUGUAAAGCACGUAAAUGGCCGUUACUCACCUCAAUGA